AUGGAUAGUCACGACAUGGACCGGUUUCGGGGUCUGGACAUGAGUCAUGGUUUUAUCAAGUCGAUCGUCAAAAAUCAAAUUGACAGGGAUGAGUACCAUAAGGUGAUGGAGGAAAGAAGAGUCGAAGUGCAACGGAAAUUUCGUGAAAGUAAAAGAAAAAAGCCUGUUCCGCCUGCCGAAUGUAGGCUUUACGUCCCGCCUCACCUUCGAGGGAAAGACGAACUUCCAUCUGCUAAGAAGGAUAUGGCCGAUCGGAAAAAUCCAUGUCCAGCAAUUGUAAGCGAAGUGGAGGAGAACACUCUAAGAGAGAGGCGAAUACAAGCGCGUUCCAAAGAAGAGCCCACACCUUCAAGCCUAACUGGACAAGAUUCCAUGCGGUCCUCCGCACCGAAACCAAUAUUCUUACUGAAUUUGAAGAAAAACAGUGGAGAUUCGGUGGAUGUUGCUGUAAUGAAUACCGACAACGCUGCACGCUUAGCAAAAGAGUUGGGAAGGAAGCAUGGUUUUACUGAUGAUCAGUGCCGUAUGCUGAGGCUCACUCUCGAAAGAGAGCUCGAAGCAAGGCUACCUUCUUAG